CACAAUCGUGUCGUUUCUCACCAAGAUCAGAAGAGAGAGACCUGAAGUCACUAUCACACUAGCACAAUGGGAGAAGCUACCCAAGAAGCUGGAAAGGUGACGUCCAAACCAACGAGUGAAGAUCAGGGGACGACCCACAAGGAGGAGGAGAAUGUUGGAAAGAAUCAGGAAAGAUCGAAAGGGGAGGAACACCAGGGCAAGAGUGAGGAUCACGACCAAGCAGAGACCUGCCCAUGGGGAGAUUCAUCUGGUUCAGCCAUAUAUAUUUACAACCGCUUUCUGGCCGAGGCUAAAUAUGACGGUUCAUGGAUGCUAAAUAAGGAUAAACUGGCGGCGCUGAUGAAAUGUUUGACAGUUACGAAAAGGAUCAAAGUACAGAGUGCCAAAUACUCCUAUUUCCAAGCUUUGGUUGAGGACGGUAAAGCCAAAAAAGAUCAAACUUCCAGCUUGGUGAAACAAGUCACAAAGAAACUGGAGGCCAUCGGGGCACCCAAACAGGUGAAGAGAAAGUUCUUUAUUUUGACAGCAAAAUAUUUAUAUUAUAGGUCCCUGACCAAGGGGGUACCUGAAGAACAAAUGAUCCAGGAUCCAGAGUUGCAGAAGGUGCUGAUAUGGACUGCCAAAUACUUGUAUUUUCUGUCUUUGAUUAAUGCCCUGACGGAUGAAAUGCUCCAGUUCCAAAAUCAACAGAAGCACUGAGAGCCAUAAGACCAGAUACAGUUCUCCAUUAUGCACGAUGAUGGUGGGACUGUAAGGACCAUGGCAAACCAUUUGUACCAGCAAACAACCACCUGAUCAGCCAUGGUCCAAAGGCCUUCUUCUUCUUCUUCUUGUAGGUAACUCUUGGAGGUGCUUCACUAGUAGUUAUUCCUAUCAACAUCAAUCUAUACCACACAUCUACAUAGCGGUGGCCCUGAUCUUCUCUCAGCGGCAGGGCUUCCCCUCUGGCUACACUUGAAAAAUGGGGUUUUUUAAAUCCCAUUAGCUUUGGAACCAAGCAUCCCAGAUAUGUGAAACCUCAUCUUCUCUAAAGAGUUAAUAGAGCAUCCAAAAAUGAUUAGUAUAAUCCUAUUUAAAGUGUAUUUAAUAUGUCCAGAACUACUUAUAGCUACAAUAAGGUGAUCACAUAUUUAUUUCUAUUGUUGUUACAGAAUCAUGAUAUCAUGCAAUUAUGGUUAAUAUAAUUAUUGUUUAUUAUUAAUUCCACAUGUGAUUGAUUUAACUUAUCUUGCAAUAAACAGUAGAGACCCUUGUA